AUGUCGAGCUUCGAGCAAGUUGCAAAAGACGAGCUGCGGGCAGCCGGGAAGCAUUGGAAUGGGAUUGAGGAUGCUUUGGGAUCUCAGUUGUCAGCGCCUGCUGGUGCUGUGAACGCUGCUCGUCGUUUGCUUCACAUGGGAAUAUUGGUCGUCAUCGAUGGCAAGGGCCACCUCCUUGGCCGACUCGCCUCCAUUGUCGCCAAGCAGCUUCUGAGCGGCCAGAAGAUCGUUAUUGUCCGCUGCGAGGCUCUCAACAUCUCUGGCGAGUUCUUCCGUGCGAAGCUCAAGUACCAUGCCCACCUCCGAAAGAUCACCCGUUACAACCCCACCCGCGGUGGUCCCUUCCACUUCCGCGCUCCCUCCCGAAUCUUCUACAAGGCUGUCCGUGGCAUGAUCCCCCACAAGACCGCCCGUGGUGCUGCUGCUCUCGAGCGCCUCAAGGUCUUCGAGGGUGUCCCCCCUCCCUACGACAAGACCAAGAAGGUCGUCGUUCCCCAGGCUCUCCGUGUUCUCCGACUCCAGCCCGGCCGCAAGUUCUGCACUGUCGGUCGUCUGUCCAGCGAGGUUGGCUGGAAGUACGAGGACGUCGUUGCUCGAUUGGAGGAGCGAAGAAAGGCCAAGGGCGCUGCUUUCUACGAGCGCAAGAAGAUCGCUGCCCGACAACUGGCUGAUGCGAAGAAGAACGCUACUGUCAAGGAGGAGACCGCAAAGGCCCUUGCCAACUACGGCUACUAA